CGACCGGAGCGCCAAAGAUGCCGAACUCCUCAACUGCAGUUUUUCACAAACGACAUGCCAGUGCCACCCUGGUGAGGACCACGUUCGUUGUGAUUGUCCUGACAGUCAACCUCGACCUCUACUUCGAUCACCCGGAGUACGACCGUCCUCCCGCCAAAACGGAACAGUACACCUUCACCGCCAACCCUAUUACGAACGACCUCCUUAUCGAGAUGUCUACAGGAACUGUCACCCAGAUCAUGAUUGAAAUCAUCAACGCUAGUGCCACGAUCACCAGCUCUUCGGCCACCUGUGACUUCAACAUCUCGGAAUUUCACGGAUGCAUCAAUUGCGACAGCGGCGCUAACGCCUCCUACUCCUGCAAAACUGAUUUUGGAACCACCACCGCCUCCCUUGACUGCUCUCAACGCACUCCUGGCCGAUUGAAUGCACCUACCAAGGAAUCAGUAACU